GGAGCCGGUCACCACGUUUCGGUUUGGAAGCCGGGUUUAUCCAGCCUGUAGACGCCGUUGCUUCCGAGUGCUGUCUGGUCGUUUGAUAUCCCAGACAUCCCAGUUCACCAUCAUCACCAUUGCCGCCCGAGUUGGCCGGAUCCUGAUUCGUCAAUGCCAAGGCCAGAGCGGACCUGCCAUCGAGAACACCCGAGACUUUGCGCGCUGCCAGCAGAUGCUUGGAACCGUCAACCUGCAUGGCGAACGUCAUCUGCUGGCCAUAAACAUGCCGGGAUCUCUUCAGCAGCAGCAGCAGCACCGCCUCUAAAGAUUCCGCAACCCCCUCCCUACCCCUUUGUUCCCCUUGGAUGAACCUCGAGCCCCUCUUGUUUGCAGCCACCCCACGCUCUCUGUACCCCCCGACCCGAGCCGCAGAUACACACCCGCAUCCACCAUAGCCCGUCAUUGUCCAUAGGUCCGUCCUUUGCCGUCGGCCCCCCUCAUCGCAUCACUAUCUCCUGUAUCCUCCCCAUAUCAAACACCCACGUUGGCGCAUUCAUAAAGUGUCCCGUGGCGAAGGCUUCGAUACCCAGCCGGCUCUUCCCGCUCCAGGCCUCAUUCGUCGCUUUCUGCACCCAGCGCGCCCACAAUGGCGGCCACUGUUGCGCAUUCACAACAGCCCCUCUCGCCUGGGGGCCCAGCAAGUAAUGGCGGCGGCGGCGGCGGUGGUGGUGCUGGUGGAGGAGGUGGUGGUCUUCAUCCCUUGAUGGCGGCCGCGGCAGCCAAUGCCGCGAAGCAGCAGCAACAGCAGUCUCAGCAAAGGAUAAAUGCCCGCGAUCAGGAGCCGUUUGAUUUAACGUCCAAGAAGCUAAGUCUGGCCGAUUUCUCAAGGGUGAGAACGUUAGGAACGGGAACAUUUGCGCGCGUAUGCCUUGUUCGGCCAUCGCACGGCACCGAAGCCGAUCGCAGCAAAGUCUACGCUCUCAAAAUUCUCCGCAAGACCGAGGUAAUAAAACUAAAGCAAAUCGACCACGUCCGCCACGAGCGGCAAAUCCUCUCCGAUGUCUCAGGGCACCCCUUCAUCACCUCCUUCCAGGCCUCCUUCUCCGACCAUGACUUUCUGUAUAUCCUCCUCGACUACAUCCCCGGCGGCGAGCUCUUCACCUACCUCCGCAAAUACCGCCGUUUCGACGAGGACAUGGCCCGGUUUUAUGCUGCUGAAAUCGUCCUCGUGCUCGAAUACCUGCACGAACACCAGGGCGGCAUCGCCUACCGGGACAUGAAGCCGGAAAACCUCCUCCUCGACGCAGAAGGCCACAUCAAGCUUGUAGACUUUGGCUUUGCGAAACGGCUGGGCAACAACGAAAACGAUCAUCCCGAAGAGACGUACACCCUCUGCGGCACACCAGAAUACCUCGCUCCAGAAGUGAUUCACAACAAGGGGCACACCGCAGCGGUAGACUGGUGGGCGUUGGGGAUUCUAAUCUACGAGUUCCUAACCGGGUACCCACCGUUCUGGCACUCGAACCCAAUCGAAAUCUACAAACAAAUUGUAGAAAAACCGGUCGUCUUCCCCCAAGACCCACCCAUCUCCCCAGAAGCAAAAGACAUCAUCCGCCAAUUCUGCACGGUUGAUCGUUCUCGAAGGUUAGGCAACAUCAGCGGCGGCGCUGCCAGGGUAAAAGCUCACCCUUUUUUCAAGGGGGUGGACUGGGAUGCGGUGCUGGCGAGGAAAUACAAGGGUCCGAUACUGCCACCGGUGAGGUACCCGGGGGAUGCCCAGUGUUUUGAUAUUUACCCGGAGGAGGAUGAUAGGAAGGAGGAGUAUACGGGUGAGAUGGCUGAGAAGUAUGACGAGUAUUUCAAGGAUUUUUAGUCGGUGAUGCUACGGGUUGUGUUUGUUGUUUUUGUUUUGAUUUUUUUUGUUGUUUUGGAACGGGUUUGGGUGGGGAUACCAACAUCCUUUUGUUGUUUUUGGUUAUGUUUGUCAGGGUAUGAGAGGGAUUUUUUCUGCCACGGGCGGGCAAGUGAUUUGAGGCUUUGGGAAUUGGAACGGCGUUAUGGGAAAUUGGUACGAGGAGGUUAUAUUUGUGGUCUGGGUCACUGAAUGGUGAGGGGUAGCAUGCUGAGAUAUUUGAAGAUUAUGGAGAGGUUGGAAGUCGAAAUUUGGCGUUCAGAAGGGGUAGGAGUUGCUAGCGCCGCAGAUGUAAAAGGACGAGCAUAUGCUGAUGGAAAUGGGAGAGAAAGCGUGAAUGAUAUGAGAAGACGAGAUAUGCACUAGGCGUGGAUCAGUUGGUUGUAUACCUAAGGUACUUUUGAUGAAGAGAAUAAGUGAUCAAUACAAAACGAGACAUGGUCAAGAACAGUUUCCUGACUGAUAGUAUGUGGACAACUCUGGUUGCCGCUGCUGGCUUAAUGAGAGAAAAAACAUUGAUCCA